CGACCACCUUCUUUUAACGAACAGGUCCGACUUGAGAGCAUCGGCGCCGAGGACAUCGUAGACGGCAAUCCACGCCUGAUUCGCCUCAUCUGGACCAUCAUUCUGCGAUUCCAGAUUCAGGAGAUUGAGAUUGAUGUGGACGAGGAGAACGAAAGCAGCGAGAAGAAAUCCGCCAAAGAUGCCCUGCUCCUUUGGUGUCAGAGGAAGACCGCAGGAUACAGGGGCGUCAACAUCGAGGACUUUUCGCGAUCAUGGAGAGACGGCCUGGGCUUCAACGCCCUCAUCCACGCCCACCGUCCGGACAUCAUCGACUACAACAGCCUUGUGGCGAAGAACCACAUUCACAACCUCAACAAUGCCUUCAACGUUGCCCACGACGAGCUGGGCAUCGCCAAGAUCCUGGAUGCCGAAGAUGUGGACACCAACAAACCCGAUGAGAAGUCUAUCAUUACUUACGUGGCUUCGUACUACCACACCUUCGCCCGCAUGAAGAAUGAAUUGAAGGGCUCGAAGAGAAUUGCCAAUAUCAUGAACCAGAUGAAGGAUGUAGACGACAGCAAGAUGAAAUACGAGAAGAUCACCAGCACACUGUUGGAGUGGAUCCUCAUGAAGAUCGUCGAGUUGGACAGCAGGGAAUUCCCCAAUUCUCUAGAUGGCAUCCAGAAGUUGUUGUUGCAGUUCAAGAAGUACAGAACGGAAGAGAAGCCUCCCAAGUACAAGGAAAGAAGCGAGAUCGAGGCCCUCUUUUUCUCCAUCAACGCGAGCCUGAAGGCCCUGAACCAGCCUGCAUACACCCCAAAGGAGGGCCAGAUGGUUCACGACAUCGAGCGAGAGUGGAACAGGCUUGAGAAGGCCGAGCAUCAUAGAGAGGUUGCUCUCAGGGAGGAGCUACUUCGACAGGAGAGGCUGGAGCAGCUGGCUUACAAAUUUGACAAGAAGGUAAUAGGAAUGAGUAGUGGAUACCUUGAAGAGAUGAUCCAGGUCUUGAGACCUCGUUACGGCAGCAACCUGGCCCAGGUGGAAGCCACCGUCAAGAAACACGAAGCAAUCAGCGCUGAUAUUUUGGCUCGGCAAGAGAGAUUUGAAGAUCUCACAAAGAUGGCUGAUGAAUUGGACGCUGAGAAUUACCGUGGAAAGGACGCCAUUAGAAAGAAGGAAAAGGACAUCCUGAAGAAGUGGAGUGAACUGUUGGAUCUUCUCAACAAACACAAGGUUCACCUCCAGAACUGCUGCGACCUCGUGGCGAUCAUGAGAGAAGUGGACACCAUCACUGCCUCCAUCCGAGAACUGGAGGUGAGCUUCACCUCGGACGAUGUAGGUCGUCACCUGCUGGCAGUAGAGGACCUGCUGCAGAAGCACGCGCUGAUGGAGUCGCAGGUUCACUCAAUGGGAGAGACGAUCAAGAGGCUGAACAAACAGGGCGAGGCCUUCAUCAGCACGGGACACAAGGACGCGCCCGUCCUCCAGAAGAGACUCCAGGACCUCAACAAGGGGCAUGAGGCGCUCCUCAAGAAGGCGGCCGAACGUAGGGCGAGGCUCGAGGAGGCCAGGGAUCUGUUCCAGUUCGAGGUCGACAUGGAGGAGGAGGAAGCUUGGGUCAUAGAGAAGCAGAGGAUCUGCCAGGCGGGCGUCACUGCCAAGGACAUCAGGGCAGUCCUGUCAUUGCAGCAGAAGCACAAGGCACUCGAGGACGAGAUGCGAGCCCGACGCCCCAAGUCAGAGAAGAUCAUGCGUUCGGGCGAGGCCAUGCUCAAGGCCGACCAUCCCGAGGCCAAAGCUAUAAGCGAGCGCAUCGCCGCCCUCAAGGACAAGUGGAAGGGCCUGGAGCACUACGCCGCCGAGAGGAGGAGGCAGCUGGAGGAUGCAGCAGAGGCUUGUUCGUUCAACGCCGACGCCAACGAGGUCGAGUCGUGGAUCAAGGAGAAGCUGCCACUCUGCCAGUCCAAGGAUUACGGCGAGGACGAGCCCAGCGGCAUGGCUCUCCUGCAGCUGCACGUCCGCAUGGAGGAGGAGAUCAAGGCCUACGAUGGGGACGUCAAGGCUGUCAAUGCCAAGGAGAAGCUCAUCAAGUCGGGCAUAUCCUCACUGAAUGUAAGCUUUAGUUUGCCAUCUGGUCUUGGUCAGAUCCCGGCGGAGGACGAGGAAGAGUUUGAGUGGGUCGACGAGGUGAAGAUGGUCCCACAGGAGGUCACGGUGGAAGAAGUGGUUGACGAUGUGGAAGAAGUGACUGUCAUGGAAGUGAGGGAAGUGCCCACGGUGGUCGCGAGGUAUGACUUCGAGGGCCAGGGCAUGCACAUGGCCAAGCGAGAGGUCUUGUUCCUGUUGAGCAAGACGAACGAUGAUUGGUGGAACGUAAGGAAGGCCAACGGGGACGAGGGCUUCGUGCCAGCCAACUACGUGCGAGAAGGCCAGCCCAAGAAGAUCAACGUCCACGUCAAGAAGGAGGUGCGCGUCCCCAAGAAGAAGAUGGUGCCCAAGACCAAGAUGGUGAAGCAGACCGUCAAAGUCAAGAAGAGGAAACCCAAGGCGCCGCCUCGAAGCAAGAAGGUAGCUGAAGAGCCGGAAACGGUCGAGAAGCGGCUGCAGUUGAUCAACUCUUCUUACAACCAGCUGUGCGACCUUGCGCAGAAGCGUCACCUCUACCUGGAGGAAUCCAUCAAGCUCUACUCCUUCUUCAGCGAGUGCCAAGGCUUUGAGCUGUGGAUGAGGGAGAAGGAGAAGCUCCUGAAGACGGAUGACAAGGGCGAUACCGUCGAUGCCGCCAAGAAAAAGUUCGAGCAAUUCUUGACAGAUCUGUCGGCUGCGGGUCGCAGGAUCGAGAUCAUUGACAAGAUGGUGAAGGACUUCGUGGCCUCGGGUCACAGUCAGCUGGAAAAGAUCAAGAACCGCCACAAGCAGAUCCAGGACCAGUGGGCCCACCUCAACCGCCUCAAGCAGCAGAAGGAGCGCAGUCUGGAGGGCGCCUCGAGCGUGGAGCUUUUCCAUCGCACGUGCGACGAGACCAGGGACUGGAUGGUCGAGAAAAUGGAGAAACUAGACACGGAUGAACUGGGAAGAGACUUGAAAACCGUGCAGUCUCUUCAGCGGAAGCACGACCAGUUAGAGAGAGAACUGGCGCCAGUGGAAGAAAAGGUGCGCCGAGUUAACCUUCUCGCCGAUUCAGUGAAAGCGUCAUACCCCCGCGAGAAGCAUGCUGUCGAGGACCGUCAGGAGGAAAUUCAGCAGUAUUGGGGACAACUCAAAGGAAAGGCACUGGAGAGGAGAAACCGUCUGGAAGAAGCUGUGGGACAACAGAUCUUCCUCAACUCUGCCAAGAGCUUGCUGAACUGGGUGGGUGAUGUUAAAAAUGCCCUCAACUCCGACGAGCCAGCACGCGACGUAACAACUGCAGAACACCUGCUGAAGAGUCACCAGGACCUUGGUGAUGACAUCAGGGCUCAUCAGGAUGAAUUCAAUGAGCUUGGCCAACUUGGAGAAAAGCUCUUGAAGAGAAACCCAGACUUCGGUGAAGUGAAAGAAAAGAUGGCCCAGCUUGGAGAGGAGCAAAGAGCAAUCCACCGGUGGCAGGAGAAAGGUGACUGGCUGCGGCAGUGCAUGGACCUCCAGCUCUUCAACAGGGAAGCUGAUCAGAUCGAUGCUGCCACAAGCUCUCAUGAAACCUUCCUUGAUUACAAAGAUCUUGGGUGAAGUACCCUUGAUGACGUAGAGGCGCUCCUGAAACGACAUGACGAUUUCGAGAACACCUUGAUGGCUCAAGACGAAAGGCUGCGUGUGUUCAGCGAGAUGGCAGACAAGCUCAUUGCUGCUGAACAUUACGAUGCUAAAUACAUAAAUGAGCGCAGAGAUCAGGUGCAUGACAGGCGAGCUGCUGUUAAGGAACGUGCCCAGGCACGGCGAGAGCAGCUGAAUGGCUCAAUGGCCUAUCAGCAGUUCAAGGCAGACUCUGACGACUACAAAUGGAUGUCAGAUAAGAAGAAACUGGCUGAUGACGAAUCUUACAGAGACCUAAGCAACCUUGAGCGUAAGCUGCAGAAACAUGAGGCCUUCGAGAGGGAGCUCCAUGCCAACGAGGGCCAACUGCGCCGCCUGAAUAAGACCGGCCAGGACCUUAUCGGGCUCAAACACUACCAGUCGGACGACAUCCGCCAGACGCUGGAUGACCUCAACCAGAAGUGGAAGGACUUAUGCAGCAAGACGGAAGAGAAGGGCAUGAAGCUCCGUCAGGCCAACAGUCAGCACAUGUACAACAAAGACCUGGAGGAGACCGGGAAGGCUCUUGACGCCCUGGAGAACGCUCUCAACAACAAGGACGUCGGGCAUGACCUGCGCUCGUGCAAGGACCUGCUCAAUAACCAACAGAACCUGGAGAAUGAGAUGAACAACAUGGAGAGGAAGAUCUCAGAUAUGUGCAACGCCGGAGAUCAAAUGGUCCAAGAAGGACACUUCGACGCUGACAACAUUGAGCAGGCUUGUGCAUCUGCCAAGAAGAGAUUUGAGAAACUGAAGGAUCCCGCUGCUCGACGCCGUGCUGCUCUGGAGGAAUCCCUGAGGUGGCACGAGUUCAACUUCGAGCUCGACGCUGAAAUGCAAUGGAUUAAGGAGCACAUGCCUCUCGCCACAUCCACUGUCUUGGGACAAAACUUACACGAAGCUCAGAAUCUGAACAAGAAACAUGCAAAGCUGACAGCAGAAAUCCAGGGCCAUCAACCACAGAUCAAGAAGACCCUUGCAAAGGGUGUCAAGUUGGAGGACGACGGACAUCCUGAGAAAAAACAGAUCAAUAAGAGGUGUGCAGAGCUUCAAGAAGCUUGGGAUGACUUGCUUGCUGAAGCCAGUGAGCGUCAAAGAAAGUUGGAGCUUAACCACAAGGCACAGCAGUACUUCUUUGAGGUGGGAGAGAUUGAGACCUGGAUGAAUGAGAAGCGCAACAUCCUCCAGACCAAAGACUAUGGCAAGGAUGAAGACGUGGCUCGCAAGCUCCUUGCAAAACACAAGGGUCUGGAGCUGGAAAUUGAUACCUACAGUGGAAUAGUGAAGGAGAUGGGCACAGUGGCUGACCAGAUGAUAAAAUCCAGUCACCCAGAGUCCAAGCUGAUCAAAGACAGACAACAGAUGCUGAAUCAAGAAUUGAGAGACCUGCAGAAGCUGUCAGCUCACCUCAGACAAAAGCUCAUGGAGUCUAUGUAUCGUCAUGAAUAUUUCCGUGAAGCUGAGGACUUGGAGAAGUGGAUUGCAGAGCAGAUGCAGACAGCAACAUCAGAGGACUUUGGACAAGAUUAUGAACAUCUAUUGCUUCUGCAAGCAAAGUUUGAUGAUUUCAAGCACCGUGUUGAAGCUGGCUCUGAGCGUUUCAACCAGUGUGAAGAACUUGCCAAGAAACUUAUUGCAAAUGAAAGUCCUUAUGCUGCUGAGAUUGAACGAAAGCAAGAACAACUCAGGGUGGCUUGGAAUAGUCUCUUGGAGAACAUUGAGGCUAGGGACCAGAAACUGGAAGCUGCUGGCGAGAUCCACCGCUUCAACCGCGACGUGGCAGAGGCACUGGCAAGGAUUCAAGAGAAGUUCAAGUCCAUUCCUGAGGAUCUGGGUCGUGAUGUGAACUCAGUCCAGUCUUUGCUCAGGAAGCACGAAGGGUUUGAGAAUGACCUGGUAGCUCUGGAGGCCCAGUUGCAGGUACUGGUUGAUGACUCAGCAAGACUCCAGGCAGCUUACCCAGGCAGUAAUGCAGAACAUAUUGCUGAACAACAAGCGCUUGUGAUUGAUAACUGGAACACACUCCAAGAGAAAGCCUCAAGGAGGAAGGAGGAGCUCCAUGCUGCAGCUGACCUUCAGAGAUUCUUAGCAGAUUCUCGUAACUUGAUCAAUUGGUCAAGUGAUUUGCGGGCAACAAUGAAGGCACAGGAGAAGGUGCGUGAUGCUGCUAGUGCUCAAGGCCUGAAGACUGAGCACGAGAGGAUCAAGGCUGAAAUUGAGGCCCGUGAAGAUGUGUUCAGCAAGGUGGUAGAGGCUGGACGAAUCAUGGUGGAGGACAGACACUAUGCCAGUACCGAAGUGGAAGAGAGAGUGAACAAGGUCCUUGAAGAGAGAAACCAGUUGCAUGCAGCCUGGCAGCACAAGAAGGUGUACUUAGACCAGCUGAUAGACCUCCAAUUCUUCUUGAGAGAUGCCAAGCAGCUUGACACCAUCAGCAGCACUCAAGAAGCUGCUCUGUCGACAGCUGACUUUGGAACAACCAUUGAACAGGUGGAUGCUCAGGUUAAGAAACAUGAUGCUUUUGAGAAGCUAGUGUAUGCCCAAGAAGAGAAGCUAGAUACUUUGAAGAACCAUGGCUCAAAGCUCAUUGAACAGAAUCACUUUGACUCCCCACAUAUCAAGAAGCGUAUUGAUGAGGUGGUGUUGAGAAGAGGCCGUGUAAAAGAUGCCACAAAGGCACGUAAACAGCAGCUAGAAGAUGCCCUCCUUCAUGCCCAGUUCAUCAGAGACGUAGGUGAUGCCAACAUGUGGAUUGACGAGAAAGUCAACCAUUUGGAGGCAGCACGGACAAAGGAUGUCACCAGCUUUGAGGACAAGGUCAAGAAGCUGCAGAAGCACCAGGCCUUCAUGGCUGAACUUCAGGCCCACGAGUCAAGGAUCAAGGAAAUUACUGAAAAUGGUGCAAUGCUUGUCAAGAAGAAGCAUAAGUCAUCAGCUGAAGUGAAGGAAGAGGUAGACCAUCUUGUAGAGAGGUGGACACAGCUGGUGCUUGAUGCUGAGAAUCACUCCAGAGGCCUGGAGGAGGCUCAGGACAUCCUUGAAUUCAACACUCAGGUGGAGAAGGUCGAUGCUUGGAUCAGAGACAAGGAAAUGAUGGUCCAGGCAGGGGAUCUUGGUAAGGAUUAUGAGCAUUGCAUGGCUCUUCACCGCAAACUGGAUGAUGUUGAUUCUGACAUGCGUGUAGAUGAUGCCAGGUUCACAACCAUCAAUAGAUUAGCAGAUAAGAUCAUAAAGCAGGGCUGUGGUGACAACAAGGCUGUGGAGCAGAGAAGAAAUGAACUGAAUCAUAAGUGGCAGGCCCUGAAAGGUGCCAUUGAUGCCUACCGCACAGAGCUUGCUGGAGCUUUGGAGAUCCAUGCCUUUAACCGUGAUGUUGAUGACACCAAAGCACGCAUUAGCGAGAAGGCUGUAAUCCUUGCCAAUGAAGACACUGGGAAGGACCUUACCCAGGUUGAGGCUCUCCAGAGGAAGCAAGAGACCAUCAUCCGUGAUAUGUCGGCUAUUGAAAAGAAGAUCAAGGAGCAUGAAAAGGCUGCCUUUAACCUGGCCAAGAAGUACCCAGAUAUGAAGGAUCCCAUCCACAAGAAACAAGCUGAGGUUCUAGAGGCUUGGUCCAAACUUUGUGAUGGUUCCUUUGGCCGGAAAGAGAAGCUCUCGCUUUCCUACACACUGCAUAAGUUCCAGGCUGAUCUACGGGAACUGGAAAAGUGGGGAGAAGACAUUGUUAGCCGUAUGAAUGCAUCCCCACUGCCCAGCAACACAGCAGAAGCAGAGAUGCUACUGCAGAGUCAUCAGGAGAAGAAGGCUGAAAUUGAUGGACGAAAUGAAGUGUUUGAAGCUCUACAAGAAUUUGGUGAGAAGCUUAUUGCAGAUGAUCAUUUUGCAAAGGAAUCCAUCAAGGUGAACCUAGAAACACUGAAUGAAGUGAAGAGCAAGGUCACAGUGUUCUGGACUGAACGUGAGAAGGUCUUAUCUCAGGCUCAUCAGCUGCAAGUCUUCCUAGAGAUGUGUGAACAAGCCAACUCAUGGCUAGCAAGCAAGGAGGCCUUCCUCAACAAUGAUGAUCUUGGGGAUUCUAUGGCAUCUGUGGAAGUGCUGAUCAAGAAACACGAGAGCUUUGAGAAGACCUUUGAGGCCCAGGGCAAUAAGAUUGAACAGCUGGAGAUCUUCGCUAAAGACCUGCUGAAGAAUGACCACUAUGACAGCGAUGGCAUUCGAAGGCGCCUUGAUGUUGUGACUGCCAAGAGGGAUAACCUGAAGGAAGCAGCACAUCAGAGAAGGCUAAAGCUGAGGGAGUCCAAGUUGCUGCAGCAGUUCUUGAGGAAUAUCUAUGAAGUGGAAGGUUGGAUCUCAGAGAAGUUGCAGGUAGCAUGUGAUGAGAGCUACCGAGACCCCACCAACCUGCAGUCCAAGAUCCAGAAGCAUGGGGCAUUUGAGGCCGAAGUCCUCGCCAACUCGGGUCGUGUCAGUGCUGUGUCUCAGGAAGGUGAGAACCUUAUUUCCAAUGGUCACUAUGCUGAGCAAGAAAUUCAAGCAAGACUGGACGGAUUGGAUUCGCUGUGGAAACAACUUCAGGACUCCUCACAGCUCAAGAAGGAUAGGCUGAAUGAGGCCUACCAGGCACUCCUUUUCAACCGCACUUUGGAUGACCUUGAGUCCUGGAUGGAUGAUGUGGAGACGCAGCUGCAGUCAGAAGACCAUGGCCGAGACUUGACCUCAGUCCAAAGUCUGCUGAAGAAGCAUCAGCAACUGGAGAAUGACAUUGCUUCGCACCAGAGUGAAGUGGAUCAGGCAAAGGAAGUGGCUCAAUCAUUUGCUGUUGCCAAACAUUUCAUGAGCGAAGAGAUCACUGAAAGGGUUGAAGCAGUCACAAAGAGAUACAACUCCUUACAUGAGCCAGUACACAUUCGCCACGAAAAUCUUGAGGAUGCACUCCUUCUCCAGCAACUCCUGCGAGAUAUAGAGGAUGAGCUCUUGUGGGUGGCAGAGAAGGAGCCCCUCGCUUCAAGCCAGGACCUUGGCUCCUCCUUGACAGCUGUGCAGAACCUCCAGAAGAAGCACCAGGCCUUGGAAGCAGAGAUCCAGUCUCAUGAACCAGUCAUCAACAGUGUAAAUAGUCGAUCACAGCAGAUGAUCCGUUCCGGACAUUUUGCGUCAUCAGAUAUUGAGGAGAAGAUGAAACAGUUGCAGACACAGCUCUCACAGUUAAAGGACACAGCAAGUGUCAGAAGACUCCGGCUGUUGGAUGCAGUUGAAUCUCAGAUGUUCUAUUCUGAGGUUAAUGAAGCUGAGGCCUGGAUGCGAGAAAAGAGACCACUUGUUGUCUCGCAAGAUUACGGGAAAGAUGAGACCUCUGUUGGAGCUCUGAUCAAGAAACUAGACAAUGUUGCAAGAGACCUUGAUAGUUUCAAGACAACUGUAGAAAAACUAUCUGUCUUGUGUGUAAAACUUACUGAGAGAAGACACUUUGACAGUGAAAACAUUACCAAGAAAAUGACCCAAGUGAAUGAGCAAUAUGCAGAAAUGAAAACGCUACGAGAGAAGAGAGCCAAGCGCCUGGAGGACAGUGGGAAGCUGUUCCGUUUCCUGCGUGAGAGUGACGAAGUAGGCGAGUGGCUCAAUGACCAGAUGGCAAUAGCAGCAAGCGAGGACUAUGGCAGAGAUGUAGAGCAUGUUGAGAUCCUGAUCCAGAAGUUCGAGUCAUUCCUCACUGCAUUGAAUGUCAAUGAGGAGAAACUGGUGACAGUUAAAGAAAAAGCUAAAGUGCUUAUCGAUGAAGGACAUCCUGAGCCAACAAAGAUUCAGGAAAAGGUGGAUGAGUUACAACAGCUGUGGGAUGACCUGAAAGAACUGUCAACUGCAAGACAAGAGGCCCUUGCUGGAGCUAAGCAGGUGCAUGUAUUUGACCGCAAUGCUGAUGAAACCAUCAGCUGGAUUGCCGAAAAAGAUGCAUUCAUUUCCUCCGAAGAUUAUGGCCAUGACCUGGAGACCAUUCAAGGUUUGGCAAGAAGACACCAAGGCUUUGAGAGAGAUUUGGCUGCUGUGAAAGAACAGGUGGAAUCAGUUGUCGAGGAAGCAAAGCGCUUGGCGGAUCUAUUCCCAGAUGCAAGAGAACACAUCUCAGUGAAGCAUGAGGAGACAGUUGAAGCCUGGAAUGACCUCCUCGAUAAGUCUGCCCAGCGUAAAGAUAAGCUUUACCAAGCUGAGAAACUACAGUCAUACUUUGAUGAUUACAGGGAACUCAUGGCUUGGCUGAAUGAGAUUCUUGCCAAGAUAACUGCUCCAGAAUUGCCAAAGGAUGUGCCAGGUGCCGAGGCUAUCAUCUCAAGACACAAAGAAUAUAAGACAGAAAUUGAUGCACGUGCUGAUGCCUUUGACAAAUUCAGUGCUGCAGGCAAUGCACUUAUUGAUCAGGGUCAUUUCAUGGGAGAAGAAAUAUCAGAGAAGAUUGCAACGCUGGAGGCCAGAAGGAAGUUGUUACUGGAUACAUGGCAGAUGAGAAGCUCAAUUUAUGAACGCAACCACGAUUUGAGGGUCUUCCUACGAGACACACAGGUAUUUGAGGCCUGGAUAGAGUCUCGUGAGUCUGUUGUUAGAGAUGACCAGAUGGGAGACUCCAUCCUCGAGGUGGAGGAGCUGAUUCGCCGCCAUGAUGACUUCCUCAAGACCAUUGAUGCUCAGGAAGAUAAACUUGAACCAAUCAAGAGGUUCACCAUGAUUGAAGCAGAAUUCCAAGCUCAGAAGAAACGUGAGGAGGAUGCCAGGAAGGCAGAAGUGGCAAGAAAGGAACAGGAACGUAUGGAGAACAUGAAGAGAAAGGAAGUCCAGCGUAUUACAGACGAACGUCGCCGGGAAGAUGAAAGACGUCGAACUCAAGAGAUCAAGUUCACCAAGGAGGACAUGGAGCGCGUCCGCUUGUCCAUGAAUGGGGAAUAUGCCAAGUCACCCAGUAGAGAUCAGGAUUCACAGUCGAGUUCCAGCUCUGAGGAAGCUGAGACAGCGAGCACUCCUGAGGGUCACCCAAGGUACCGGAUGCGCUCAAGUUCUCUGGGAGAGGUUUUUGUAAGAAAAGCGCUGGAGGUACCAGAUGGAGGCGGACUUCCGAGAUCAGGAUCGCAGACCAGCCUUAGCAGCCUAAAGAGAGGUAACAGUCUUCGCCAGGAACUGUUCCGGGCGAGUCCUUCUAACAGAGGUGCUGAUAUCAAGAGGGCAGAGAGCAUGAAAGUUGACCUGAAGAAACCCAAGAGAACGCCUAGCUUCACCACAAGACGAAGAACGCAGAGUUUCCGAAAGCACAAGCGCAUGGAGAACAUGGCUAACCUCCCACCUGUUGAAAUCCAGGGCUACCUUGAGCGCAAGCAGGAGUUGCAGAGUGGAGGCAAGAAGGCAACCAUCAGAUCGUGGAAGACGUUCUAUACAGUUCUCUGUGGCCAGUUGCUAUGCUUCUUCAAGGAUGAGGAAGACUUCUACGACCAGAAGGCUGCAUCGUCCCCCAUUUCUAUUCACCAAGCAGGAGUAGAGAAAGCGGAAGAUUAUACCAAGAAGAAGCAUGUAUUCAGGGUGAUUACAAGGGACAACGCCGAAUACCUCUUUUUGGCUGAGUCUGACGAGAACCUGGAGGAAUGGGUGACCAAAUUAGGGUUCCACGCUCAGCUUCCUCCUUCUAUGCAGCUCAUGUCCUAUGACAACCACAAGGAAGGGGAUGUGGGCAGCGACCUGGUGGCAGUUCCUUCCCGGGACUCGGACAACUCUUCUGGCCACUCCACCCCUGAAGUCCGUCACCGUGGGGCUGUGAGCUCCCAUCCGCAGGGGGCUGGAGGAGGCCUAGACCCCACAAGGCCACACUCACAGGCCCUUGACAAUCCCCUGUAUGCGAACCUGGAGCAUAUGCAGGAUAAGACAAAACCGCCAGUGCCUCCCCGUUGCAGUUCGAGUAGUAAUAGGUCAUCGCGCUCAUCCCUAGGAGAGGAGGGCCCUAUUUACCAAAACCGCAUUUCUGUUGUUCCAUCUUACGAGGUAACUCCUCCUGAGAACGCUUACCAAAAUUACCCACCAGACAGACCCAAUGGACACAGACGGGAUUCAUCUGAAAACAUGAAUGGUGACGACCUGCCCCCACUGCCCAGUUCAGCCCCUCCUCUGGUGAUGGCCCGACCCCCCGUGCCCCCUAGCCGGGCCAGGUACACAGAGCACACGUGGGUGGGUGGGCCACACCAGCCUAGCAUGCCCCAUCAUGGGGGUGGGCCGCACUACGGGCAGCCGAUGGGUCACACAGUUAGCCACCACCAUCAGCAGGUAGCCCAGCACCACAUGGGACAGGGCACCCACUAUUCCUCCCAGAUGACUCGGGUGACCCACCACCAGUAUGCAUACACCUCACAGG